CACGAGUAAAGAGUUUCGUGCAGAUUCAAUGGCUAAAGGAAGCCUUCUAGCGUCGGUUGUCCUCGGACUGUGCCUUAUUUUGUUUGCUGUAGGUACAGUUGCCAGUGAAAAUCCACCUCAAUGGGAAGUUCCUGACGCUUUCAUGCUGUUCUCACAGUUUUCCGACGUCGUAGCAGUCAAAGACGUAAACCGUAAUCCUAUGUUUAAGUGUUUAAGGACUAUCCGCACAGAAUACGACACGGAGACCCCAUCCGCUACCUACGAUUGGUCGCUCAAUGCAGGCGAAGACAAACCUAGGAAACAUGCGUCGGUGCAAUACACUUCCGGCGACGCUCCUGCAAGUUUUUUCACAACUGUCGACUCAGACCCCAGCACUCGAGAAGAAGCUCGCUUCCUCUAUGCCGACUUCAAAACCUGUGGCGUCACUGUAAUUGAAAGCUUCGGGUAUCAAUGCACGCUGUGGGUGGCUUACGAGAACAGGUACUCCUAUCCCGAAUGUCGCGACGGCAUGAACGCAGACUUGUGCGGAGAAAGCGUCUCGCUGUCCGACAAGGGACUCUGCAAUGACACUGAAACUGACUGAUGGCUCCAUACAGUCCAGA